UUUAAGUCCGUGGAUGGCUGGCUCCUCUUCAGUUCGUGGCUGACCAUCGUUACGUGCGGACGUGCCCAGCUCAGCUCAGCUCAUCUCCGAGUGAUGUGGCUGCACUUAGCUAUCCAUUGACUAAAAUUCACAAAAUAAUAUUUCCUCAAAACUGACAAAAAGUGUCGCGUCGCGUGUGCUUUACUAAAAAAUAAUUACAAAUACCUAAACGCAUAAAACAUAUAUUAACGACUGCAACGAGAGGAAUAACAACAGCAACGGCAACACAGCAACUUGGCAACAAAAAAAUAAACCUUUGGCAGGAAAGCAGCUGAAAAUAAACAACAAAAACCAGAGGAAAAUACCGAAAUCCACAAAAACAUACAAAAGCAGGGAAAAGACCAUAGAGAAAAGCCUUCCCAGGGCAGCUUCUUGGAGCUUCAGAAGCGGCAUUGCUGCCGAAAGCAGCAACCGCAGCAGCAACAGCAGCAGCAGCAGCAACAUCAACAAUCGAAACAUCAGCAACCAAAUCGAGAAAGCAACCUGCGAUCGCAAUGCUCAAUGGAAAUACUUUUACGGUUAAGCGGCUCUUAGCGCUGCUGAUCAUCUUCACAGUGGUGGAAGCCAGUCGAGCCCUGGAAUUGGGGGACAAGUGCCAGCAUGACAUGGACUGUACGGACUUCAUCAAGGGCAGCAGCUGCUCCGCCCUGGGAUACUGCGAGUGCGCCCCCUACUUCGUCCAGUUGAAUUCCAAACGCUGUUUGUCAUCCCAGCUACUUGGCGGCGACUGCCAACUGAGCGAACAGUGCUCGAUGAAGGUGGCCAACAGCAGCUGCCUGGACGGAGCCUGUCGGUGCGUCGAGGGAUUCUUGCAGUUCCGCAAGCACACCUGUCUGGGACCUGCCCAUCCUGGCGCCGUUUGCUACAGCCACGCCCACUGUCAAAUGUUCGAUACCCGCACCCACUGUGACUUCCUGAUCCCGAAUCUCUUCGGACGCUGCCAGUGCACGAGUCCGGCCAAGAUGGUGGGUGGUCUGUGUGUCGCCCCAGCUGCGGACCAGGAGGAGCAGGCCGUCGAGAAGGUGGAGCUGCCAAGCAGUACCACCACAACCACUACAACAACGACGAGGAAGACCACCACCACUACGACAACCACAACGACACCCGCACCCACCACCGCACCGUCAACCACAACGACAACUGCUGCUCCCAUUCUUCUGGAGGAUGAGCUGCCAGACAGUGUGGAGGAGCAAUUACUUGAGGAGGACGAUGGUGAGGCCACCAAGCUGAGGCCCGAGGUCUCCGAGCUGGACAAUGGCGAGAAACUGGAGGCCGUGGACAUGGCUCACGAAGAAACCGAACUGACGCAACAGCAGCUGCAAGAGGAGGAGCAAAAGCACCAGGAGGAGCAACAACACCAGGUGGAGACUGAACAGCAGGUGCCAGAGCACUCCUCUCCGGAUGCCACCACUGGAGUCCAGCAACUACUCACGCCCGCUGACGUGCCCACUGAGAAUACGAUCGCUGUGGAGCAAGAAACCGAAGUCGGACCCACCGAGGAUUAUCCCUACAAGAUCGAUGAGGAGUAUACCGAGGAGCACGAUAACAACAAGCCAGAACUAACCGAAGAGCAGCCAGAACACCAGCCAGAAGAAUCACCUGCAGAAGGCGAAGAAUUGGAGGCUUCUGGGGGCCAAGAGAUCGCCUCGUCGCCCAUCGUCGACGACACCAUGAAAUUCGAUUAUGAAACGCCCGUGGAGGAGCCAGAAAUGGAAAAGGAGGUGUUGCCGCCGACUAAUGAGGAGGUGGUGCCCAUUGAUGCUGAGAGCGAGGCCAAUGCCGAGGAUACCCCCACCGAGCCCCAGAUCCAGACCCAACAGCUUGGCGAUGAGGUUGAGGAGGAGGCCGAACCCGAGACAUCCCAGACGGUAGCCGAUGAAGAACUGAUCCCAGUCGAAACCGAAAGUGUGACGAAGGCAACCGAAGCUGAAGCUGAAGUUGAAGAGGCGGAGCAGUCGGAGGAUCUGGCUUCGGGGGAUCAUGAGCUAGAAGUGGAGCCACCCAAGCCUGAAGAGACAUUGAAAAUCGAAGAACCAGCCCAGGUGGCGUCGGAGAGUGAAAGCCAAGCCGUCGAGUUUGUGGAAAAACCAGAGGAGCCACAGUCCGUGCCAGAGACAGAGCCAGAGACAGAAAUAGAAAAAGAAAAGGAGCAGCCGGCAGCAGCGACAGAAGCCGCAGAAGUGGAGCUGCCAGUUGAGGAAGAAGAAAUCAAGCCAGCGAUGGUGUCUGAAAUCGAUCAGGCGGAACAAAGCGCCGACAUCAAGCCGACAAGUGGCGAAGAUGAUUUAAAUGAAGCCAAUCAAUUAAAUCAAGACCAAGUCACAGAGGCGGCGGCUGAAACGGCAGAGCCACAAGAGCCAGAAGAGCCAGCAGAGCUGGCCGAGCCGGAGGAGGUCGAUGAAGAAAAAGAGCCCGAACAGGUGGUGGAAAUCCAUCAAGAUGCAGAUGAAGCCACAACAGAGAAACCAGUCCAGGCUGAUGAAGAGGUGGAGUCCGAAUCGGACUCAAACGCCGACUUGGAGAAGGAGGAACCGGAGGUGGCGGAGGCAAUCACCGAAGCGGAGCACGAACAAUUGACAUACCCAACAAAUGAUGAUGAAUUGGCGCCAGUGGAAAGAGAACCAGAGCUGACCACAGAGGAACCAGAAAUCGCUGAGAUAACCACAGAGCUUCCAGAAGAUCAUGAUCAAGUGAAAGAGGAGCAGGAGCAUGAGCCCGAGAGGGCGGUAGAGGCAGAGGUAGAGAAAGAGAUUCCGCAAGUGGAGGAGCAGACUGUUGAGGAGCCGGAGGAGGAGCAGCAGCAGGUGGAGUCCGAGGAAAAUGCAAAUGCAAUUAAGACGCCCGAAGUGUCGGAAGCAAUUGUAGAGCCGCAGGCAGAGAAUGAGAUCGAAGCCGUGACCGAGAAAGAGACAGAACAAGAGCCACAGACAGAGACAGAAUCGGAGACAGAGGCGGAAUCAGCCUCAGAGAUUGAGGAACAGCAACCUGUAGAGGCAGCUACCGAGAAGAUACCAGAAGAAAGACCAGAAGCGGACUCCGCCGAUGAUGAGGUGUUGGAGGCACACCCUGAGCCCGAAGAACUGCCAAUUAAGAGCGAAUCAGAUAUCGAACCGGAAGCCACCACUCAGGCGGAGAUCGUACCAGAAUCGCAACCAGAAACGGAGUCCGAGGCGCAACCAGAAACACAGGCCAGUGAAAGUGCCCAAAUUCCGGAGGAGAUUGCUGAACAGGACGAUGAAGUGGAAGUGGAGAAAACCGAAAACGACAACAUCAUCCAAGGAGCUGAGCCCAAUGAGGAAGAAGAAGUGAUCCCAGAACCAGAAGUGGAGCAAUCAUCCUUGCCAGAAGCCCACGACGAGCAUGAGGCUCCCGAAAAGGCUGAGGAUCAGGAACAGCCCGAAUCCGAUGCAGAUUACUUAAGCGUUGGACACACUCAGGAGGAUGAGACUACCCCAGUCAUCGCUGAAGCUGAGGAAUCCGACAAAGUAGAGUCCACUUUGGCUCCAGAGCUGUUAGAGGCGCCAAGUGCCAUUGUGAGCGAUGAACAGGAUGAGGAGCAGGAACACCAGAACUUCCACGAAAGCGAAAGCAUUGCCGACAUUCUCAGCGACCUCAUGCUGGAGGGCGACAGCACUGUGCCCCCAGUGCCCUUCGGCGAGCAACCUGCUCAGACGGUGCCCAUGGUGGAGGCGAACUCAGAGAACGAGGAGGAGGAGUCUCAUGGCGCCAUUUCUGAUCUCCAAGCCGAGGCCGACGAAACCCAUGAUCAUGUGGCAGCUGAGGAGCCUGCGGAACCUACUAUUCCCGAACUGUUUGCCGAGGCAGCUAAUGAUGAAGAGUCGGAGCAAGAGGAGGAACAGCUGACCCCCGCUCCGGAACAGAUUGAGGAAGAAGAGAAGCCAGUCGAACAGGAACAGCAUGAAGAGGAAGCCGCCAAGGACGAGGAAGCCACCAAGGAAGAGGAGGCAGCCAAGGAGGAAGAGUCCGUUAAGGAGAAGGAACCUGCCAAAGAAGUUGAAACCGAAAGCAUUCCCGAGGAAGCUACCACCGAAAAGGAAAUCGAAUCCGAAGCCGAGGCGGAACAUACAGUGCUUCCCGAGGAACUGCCCUUCGAUUUGGACGACCAGUCAGGUGCCAUCCGUGUCAAUGAACUGGAAUCCGAUAGCCUGGUCCUGGAAUCCACCACCACGAUUGAUGGUCUCCAAGAACUGGAAAGCAACCACAUCGAACCGGAGGAGGAAGAUGAGGCGCCACAGCCCGCAUCUCACACUGCUGUCCACGAGGAGGCCACUCCGAACCCUGCCGAUAUUGUGGAGAUCACCACGCAGACCAUGCUGGGCUUGGCCAGUCGUGUGACCCUCAUGGAGCCAGCUGCUCCCGUUGUAACAACUCUAAUGCCCCUGAUGACUUCGGACGAGCCCACGCCGGAGCCCGUUGCUCCUGCUGUCAUUAUUCCCGUGAGCAAGCCCGGCUCGGAGCUGCGAAAGCGUGUGGAUUUGGGUCUGGAGGCGGUGUCUCUGGGUCUGGCCUGCAGCAGUGAUCGGCAAUGCCAACUGGCUGAUCCCCAUACCGUGUGCAAUGGACGCGGAGUCUGCGACUGCGCAGCUGGAGGAGAUCAGGCAGAGCAGUGCGGUGCCGAGAGAACCGGAUGCAGUCCGGGUACCUUCCAGUGCCGUUCGAGUGGUGUGUGCAUCUCCUGGUUCUUCGUGUGCGACGGACGUGCGGACUGCAACGACGCCUCCGACGAGGAGUGCACCCACAAUGCCCGCUUGAACCAGACCUGUCCGACGGAGUCCUUCCGCUGUCAGCGCAGUGGACGCUGCAUCUCUAGGGCGGCCCUGUGCGACGGACGCCGCCAGUGCCCGCAUGGCGAGGACGAGCUGGGCUGCGACGGCAGCGUGCGGGGUGGCAACGCCUGCCCGGAGCACACUUUCCGUUGCGGCAGCGGCGAAUGCCUGCCGGAGUACGAGUACUGCAACGCCAUCGUGUCCUGCAAGGACGGCAGCGAUGAGCCACCUCACCUGUGUGGCUCCCGGGCCGUUCCCAACCUGUUCAUGCGCCUGAUCGAGGCGGGAGGUCUGUUGAGCGGCGGCGGACGGAGGGAGGCGGACGCCUACUGCCCGCACCGCUGCAGCAACGGCCUGUGCCGCUCCACAGCCAUCGUCUGCUCUGGAAGGGAUGGAUGCGGUGAUGGCACCGACGAGCAGACCUGCGCCGUAUGCCGUUGCCCCGCACCGACUGCUGCUAGCCUGCCCGUUUAUCUGGCCCGGCAACGCCCCAUGCCCCUGUGGUAGGGGUGGUGAUGCCACGGCACGGAUUAAGGAUCCACCAGGCAGCGCAGACUGACCAAGGAUUUGCCAGACUUUGUUUUCCACGACCCUUCCACAACUCUAUCGCUUUACCCAAUCCAACAACCACAUUCGAAACGAUUUUGCUUAGCAUUUAAGUGGAUAUUUACAAUUUUAUUUAUUUAUUUAUUAUGACUUUAGCUGUGCCCGAGCCACGCCCAAUUGCCGCCUUGCUAUCAAAGGCGGUCCAACCCGUUGAGCCCCCUUUGAGCCAGUGAUGUUUGUCAAUUGAGUGCCACUGGGCGCAUCCCUAAGCCACAUCCACACAGAAACACAACACAAACACACCCCCAUUUCGCCCCCCAUUUCGACUAUUUAUUCUACUCAUCCUAAACCAUUAAAACUAUUUAUUUAUCCCAACAAGAAUACACGAGAAAAACAAACAAAAAAAACGACAAAACAAAACAAAAAACUCAAAAAUGUAUCUUCAUGUAGCUUAGUUUUAUGAAAUUUUCUAAUUUAUUACAUAAUAUUAUUGGCCAGGAAAACCAGUAACGAUGAUGCAUUUCUAUCGAUUAAUAUUUUGUAAAUAAGAGUAAACGUGUUCGUUGUACAUGAUAAACCACAAUGCCUAUAAAGAAUCGUAGGUUAUAUAUCUGUAGCCUGACACAGAUCCGAUCAUAUCCCUAUAUAGUUUAUUAUAUGUAUGAACGUGCGAGGACACUCGCACACUUUUCUCAAAGUCAAGACGCAUCAAAUUAAAACUAAACAACAAAAAAAUAAAACAAAAAUGAAAUGACAAUAAAAAAUCUAUUUUUAGAUAACUAUUAAAAA